ACCAUGCCGCUGCUGGCAGACUGGCUGUUGCGCCACUCCGUGGUGAUGUGUCUGCUGCUACACAGCCUAGUGCUCAUGACUUUCUGUUUCCAUCACGCGGCCACCAGCUGCUCCAAGAGGUGCUACUGUUCGGAGAGCGAGGUCGGGGGUAAGACUGUGCGCUGCAGCAACCUACGGCUGACGGAAAUUCCUCAGGACAUCCCUAAUGACACCCGGCGUCUCUACCUGGACUUCAACCUUCUCACCACUGUCCCCACCAACACCUUCCAGGAGCUCUCUUUGCUUAGAGAGCUGGACCUCUCCCACAAUGAGCUUGCCCAGCUAGAGCCCGGAGCCUUCCACGGUCUGGCCAGAUCCCUUCAGCUUCUGGAUCUCUCCUCCAACAAGCUCAUGUCUCUCAAUCCGGAGGCCCUCGCUGGCGUGCGGGCUCGGGCUAAUCUCACCUACAAUCCAUGGCACUGUGACUGCAAUUUGCAGACCGUGAUGCCCCACCUCGACUUGGAGCCCGCCUCGCUGGCCGGCAUUGUGUGUCAGACCUCGGAGCCUGAGGAUGCGGGUGCCCAAGGCACACCUUUCUUGCUCGCCAAGGACUUGGAUCUUUGCGUGGUGCUGAAGAAGACAACGGAUGUCGCCAUGCUGGUGACUAUGUUUGGCUGGUUCACCAUGGUCAUCUCGUACUUGGUUUACUACGUGCGACAUAAUCAGGAGGAUGCUCGGCGCCACCUGGAGUACCUAAAGUCCUUGCCCAGCAAGCAGGGCAAGUCAGAGGAGUCUUCCACUGUCAGCACUGUAGUAUAGGGGAGCCCGAUGAAAUUCAGCAUCGGGGACACGGGUGCAGAGCCUUGGGCCUGAGCCAACGCUGCAGGCUGGAGGCAGGAGCGGCUAAGCAUGGUUUACCUUUGCACUGAUGGGGAGGGUAUAGUGGCUGCAAGAUGUCAUGUAGGAAGUUGUGGGUUAUCUAAUCCAAAUUAAUAAUUCAUCCUGGCACGGCCAAUUAAGAUCUCUUGGUAUCUGAGCGGGCUGUCUACUGCAUGUGCUCAGGGAGCUAAAGUGGAGACCUUAAGAAUCCCAUUUAUCUACUUGUGCAUUCUGCUCGAUGCACCCUUUUACCAAGCCCUGUAAAAGACAGAUUGCGGUCCCUCAGUCAACACCGAACAGCAAUAAACAUUGAACAACCGCAGGAAAAAUAAACCGGCUGAAUGAACUAUCGGCGUAACCCCUCGAUAUUUACUUCUUCUUUCACGUAACGUGAUCAUGCAGCGUAGGGACAAAAAA